AUGAAGUUAAAUGAUGUUAGGCUGAGGUAUGCCAUUAAAAGCCCUGGUUGUAGAGAUUUUAAGGCACAUCAACUUGCUAGCCAAAUUGUUGAAGACGACUCUAGUAAGAAAUAUGGCUUGUUAUGGUCAUAUGGUGUUGAUUUAAGGAAGGCUUCAUCAGAAAUCACUUCCAAACUCAACAUUAAUUGUCCAACAUCAGGGUUGCAACCAAGAGAUCCUAAUGAUCAGUAUUUGCCUCUUAUUUUUAGAGUAGUAGAGAAUGAAACCAAGGAUUCAUUGAGCUGGUUUAUUAAGUUGAUAAUGGAAGACAUUGGUGAAACUAAUCGGUCUUCCAUUUUUGACCAGGAAAGAUAA